ACCUGGGCAGAUAAUCCUUCGGACGAAGGUUCCGCGAGACAUGGUGCCCCUGACCGCUUCUCCUCACACCUCCACCAGGGCCUUUAACCCAACCACGAUAGAGCGCUGAUCGUACAUUAACACCGCAAUGUCAGAAUCGCAAGUCAUCACCCUCCCAGACGGACGCAGCCUCUGCUACUCCACAUUUGGCACCUCCAUCCACCCCGAUCGGCCCACCGUAUUCUAUUUCCACGGCUUUCCCGGCACCCAUCACGAAGGCGAACUCUUCCAUGAAGCCGCUUCCCAAAAAGGCAUCCAGCUCAUUGCGAUUACUCGACCGGGCUUCGGGGGCUCGACUUACCAACCAAACCGCACCCUCCUAUCAUUUCCCCAAGAUGUGCUCGCGCUCGCCGACCACCUCAACAUCCAGCGCUUCGCCGUCGCAGGCAUCUCCGGCGGCGGCCCGUACGCCCUGGCCUGCGUAAAAGCGAUUCCCCCAGCGCGUCUCCUCGGGACCGUAGUCAUCUGUGGCAUGUACCCCCUCAAACUAGGCACAACCGGCAUGAUGCUUGCGAACCGCAUGCUCUUCUACGUGGCCUCUUGGACCACGUGGCUCGCUAUGGUGGAUAACUUCAAGACCAUACCAGCCGUGGACUGGGCGGCCUUCCAGGAGGACGAGGGACGCAUUCUGAAGGUUGUGCUGAAGAGCGGGAGAGAGGCUCUUCAGCCGGGGCCGGAAGGGGCUGCUUGGGAGGCUUAUCUGUUCGGGAGUGAGUGGGGGUUCGAGCUUGAGGAAUUGGAGGUGCAGAAGGGCAGGUUGGUGCUGUGGCACGGUGGGAAGGAUGUAAAUGUCCCGCUUGGCAUGGCGGAGACUGCAGCGAAGCUGAUUCCGAAUGCGGAGCUGAGAGCGGAGCAAGAGGAGGGGCAUAUUAGUUUGAUGGCACGGACGGUCGACGAGAUGAUCGAUACGCUGGGGAACAUGUUGAAGGCGUAG